AUGCAGGAGAGUGUCUGGGUAUGUGAAUAUGCAGCCUCGAACUGCCACCCUCUCCUCUCUUGCUUCACAGUUGCCACCGGAGGCGCCGUUGUGGCUGCAGGCAGAAAGCGCAUGGGUCUGCACUCGGCUUGGGUUUGUAUGGGCAGGCAGUUUCCGAUGCGAGAUGAUAAAUAG